AUGGGCUGGGAUCACCACUGCCCGUGGAUGAACAAGUGCAUCGGCGAGAACAAUCUGUUCUUCUUCAACUCCUUCCUUGGCAUCAGUUUGAGCUCGCUGGGGUACAUAGUUCUGGCCACGAUGUUGGGCAGCUGGCUACGAGGAUGUCAAACCUCCUUCUCCGAUCACCAGGCCUUUGCGACGGUGGAGGCAAUUGCAGCUGCGAUGCGAAGGCACUGCGCGAACCCGCGACUGCAAGAGGCGGCCGCUUCCGCGUUGAGCGCUGCAGCCUCAUGGCCUGCACUUCAGGCGGCUGCUACAAACAAUGGCGCCACGGAGGAGCUUGUCGCUGCGAACAGCUCAGCUUUUCCUUCCUUGAAGUACCCAUGGCCAUGCGGCGAUUCCCACAUGAUCCGGAGUCUGGGAAUACCUGCGCUAGGCAGAAAGGAGGUUUGCUGCGGAAAUCUUUCACAGAAGAGCAAAGGCAUGACUUCGCGCUUCAACUGGUUUCUGCCGGUGUGGUGCCUUGCUGUGGGCGGCGUGCAGACCGCAGCAGCAAGUAUUCCAGAUGGAUAUGCUGAGGUCGCAGCAGAGCCUCCAGCCCGCUCACGGGCUUUGCUCAGCGUUCAUCACAUGACGUCAAAGUCAAAGAUGCAUCAGGGCGUGGUUGAAAAACCUGGAAGAAUGAACAACCGAUUGGCGCACGAAGCUGGUGUGUGCUGCUUGGCAGAGAGUAGGGACGAAUUGCACCGAGAUCAAAAUGCUGGCUGCAACAUGUCUGAAGCACUGGCGGCAACAGAGUCUCCGAUACAGGUUGGUAGCAGGUCCAAAAACAUCGCAGAAGCUCACAUCACCGUGAACCUGCAGCGGUCGGAGCAGGAGAUUCAUGUCCUGGAAGAUGCCAUACAUUAUAAGAGUGCAUACUACGGCACGAUCAUGGUUGGUACUCCGCCGAAACCCUUCACCGUGGUUUUCGACACCGGCAGUGGGCACCUCAUUCUGCCAAGCUCAUACUGCCAUUCCAGCACCUGCAAAGCUCACAGGCGCUAUCGACGGAGCUCUUCUACGACUGCACGGGACAUUGACUGGGACGGACGCCUUGUGCAGAUGGGUGAAGCCCGAGAUCAGAUCACUGUGUCUUUCGGCACCGGCGAAGUGAUGGGUGUCUUUUUAGAAGAUUCGCUAUGCUUCGGCCAGUCUGUACAUGCAGUGGAUACCAGCAGCUCGCAUGUUCCACUAACUGGCAAUGGGCCGGAGAACUGCUUGCGUAUGCGCUUCAUUGCAGCAACCGACAUGUCGCCACAUCCCUUUGCAGACUUCGUGUUCGAUGGUGUUUUGGGCCUGGGCCUCGAGAGCUUGUCACAAGCGCCAGCCUUCAACUUUCUCCACAUAUCCUCCGCUCUCACAGCUGAACGCGGUAGUGGCUUCAGCAAGACGUUCGGGAUCUUCCUGGCAAGCCAUGAUGGCGAGACUAGUCAGAUCACUCUAGGUGGUUGGGCUGAAGAACACGUGGAUGGGGAAGUAAACUGGAGUCCCGUGUUGCAGCCUGAGCUUGGGCGAUGGCUGCUAAAGAUCAAAGGUUUGUGGGUGGGUGACCAGGAGAUACCAUUCUGUGAGCAAGGCUGCAAGGCCGUCGUGGAUUCGGGCACCUCGCUCCUUGCCGUACCAAGUCCAUUGUUUGCCGACCUUUACCAUCAGCUGUCUGCUCCAGCCCAGGAAGGUGCCUGUGUGCAAAGCCCGCAGCUCCGGAUGGAGUUAGAUGGCUUCAGUUUAGUAUUGAACGGAAGCGAUUUUAGCAGGCUAGACGCUGGGCAACGGCCCACGGCAGCCGCUUGCAAGCCCAUGCUGAUGGUCAUGGACUUGCCGGAGCCUCUUGGCCCAAAGCUCUUCAUCCUGGGUGAGCCCAUUCUCAAGAAGUUCUAUACGAUUUAUGACGCAGAGGCCCAGCGCAUUGGAUUUGGCCUGGCAAAGCAUGCACCGCAGACUCCACAGCCUACAAGCCCUGCUCGGGUCUCAAGGCUGAUCCAGCCCACCCGAGGCGUCUUGUCACAAGGUACAAGGCGAUCACGAUCCCUCUGA